CGGGACUUUGGCGCGAACGCAUUGCGUACCCUUUCCCCCCAUGCUCGCUGCGUGUCUCCGGGUGUCGAGAGUUCACUGUCAUUGACGGUGCGAUGAGAAACGAUUUCGAGUGUGAUCCGUUGAUGACGGUCGUUCCGUUCUACACCGCUCCCGUCGACUUGUGGCAGGAGUACGUUUGGGAGAAAAUGGUCGAGGACUGCCCUUGGGCGGACGACUACAAAUUCGCAAAUAUGUGCGAGUUCGGGAGUUUAAUUCCUAUGCCCGCUGAUGUGCUAUGUUCAGUUCAGUGUCGUCACUUGAGUGCCACGCUGCUGUUUAACCGUCGCUACAAUGUUUUGGACUGUAACGUCGUGACUACUUCACCGCGCACAUGGCCCCGUUCGCUGAAAUACGAGUUGCUCGCCUGUGCAAACCAUUCUGAUUUCAUCGACGCAUACCCCUUGCGCUCUCCCAGGUUGUUGCCUCGAAUGGUUUCGUAUUGUUUUGUUAGACCGCGUCUUGGGAAGUGCUUUUGUUGUAGAGUCCUUUGCGUCGCGUACUCGAACCGGGAUGGGACCUUAACUGACGCUGUGGUCUACGUGUCCAGGAAUGAAUUGGACGUGGUUGACGAACAGCAUGCCCGGACUGUGGGGAGCGGUCAAGGGUCUGGUGGUGGUCCGAGCGGUCGAGGGUCUGGUGGUGGUCAGCGGACCCGCACACAAGAUAUAGUGCAGCAGGCAGGUUCGGGGGAGAGGUCUAUGCAUCGACAGGCAGAUAAAGUUCCCGUCAUAGACUACAAAGAUAAAUUUUGGAUGUUGGACUGGGUGGGCGAGGCCGGGCAGGCUGGAAGUGGUUUGAUGUUGUACGUGGUGUCCAGAGAAGAUAUUAGACCGAUAGGUGGUAUUCAAUCUUGGGCAGGGAGGGAUGGUAAGCUCGCCACUUUCGAGUUAACUAUGCAACUCAACGGCAAAGGCCACAGAGUUGCAGAGACGAACCAUGUUGUUCUCAUGUGGAGAAACCACAAGGGAUAUGGUAAGUCACUUGUGGAUGUUUUCAAUCCUGAUCCGGAUAGCCGACUCCGGUUACCUGACCUCCGCCAAGUUCUCGCGUUCUUCGACACGAAUUCGGUGGAGGGCCAUCGUCCGGUGGCCCACAAAGAAGACACUAUUACGGAACUGAAAAGUGUUAUGUCAUCGGCGCGUCCGACUGUGGGUGCUAUAAUGAUUCGGCAGCCAUCAGUGACCACGCCCGCCGUCCAGGAAGAGAGACAACACGCUCUCGUAUCCACGUCGGUGGUCCCUCGAGCGGGACAAAUCGUUGCCAAGGGCCCGGCUCAUGCUCAGGCUCCGCCGCCGGCUCCGAAGAAAUUCCGUUCGGUUGGAGUGAAAGAGCCGCUGUCCGUGUUACAUGACAUUGUGCGUACAUCAAGCAUGUGUGCCGAACCUAUGUAUGGUGCUGUGCACCGUGGUGUGCAGCCUUUGUAUUUCGGUGAUCCGGGAGAGGGGAGCAGUGGCGAAGGUUCACAGAGGGAAGAGGAAGAGGAAGAGGAAGGUUCUCAAAAGGGGAACGAUAGUGAGAAUACAAUUAGUGAUCGAGAGCGUCGUGGAUUGCAAUCAAAGAAGAUGAGCAGUGGCAAUUUUGCUCCCACCGGCACCGGUGGGAAAAGGGGACAAUGCCCUAGCGGUGGAGCGAGUGGAGAGGGAGGUGAACACCCAAGUGGUGACGAGGGCGGAGGUGACGAGGGAGGAUGUGAUAAGGGAGGUGAUAAGGGAGGGAGUGGUGAGGGUGGAGGAACAUCUAAAGCGCCUGGGUAUAGUCAGCCAACAACAGGCACAUCAGAAGGGCAAGCCCAUCAUCACCAUGAGAGAAGCGCCAGUGGUGUAGGAGGGCACAUCGACAUUCGUGGUUUGCCGCAGGUCAAGCUGUUUACUGCAGUGGAACAGAUUGACGAAGGAUGUGAUGGUGGGCAAAGUGUCACCACAACACUCACAACUGUCACAAUGACAGAUAAUGAAUGGUGUGAUGGCAGUGGCGCAAGUGUCUUCCCCGUUGGUGAGAAGGGCAAUAUUGGUAGCCCACAAGGCCAUAUGUGGAUGUCUAUGGAUAUUUUGCCAUAUGGGUUGGGAAGCCAAGGGCGGCUUAGGGCAUCAUUAGAUAAAACCAUGUAUCUGGCGGAAACGGAACAGCAACUCGAGGCUCACACUCCACUUGAUGAAGAGACACUCAGAGGCGACUUAGAGAUUCCUGCAGAAUUUCAAAGUUCGAAAUCAGAGGAGAAGGCACAACGAGGGUCUCGGGAGGCAGGUAUUGUAACAGGCUACCAGGAGGAAGCUAUGCUUGCGGAGGAGAUGGAACCGGGCGGCGAGCCUAACAGUCCAUUUGAUGAAGACAUCCCUGACAACGACUUCGAUACUAGUACUGGAGGGUCUCAGGAUUCGCCUAUUGUAUUCGAUACUGCUGGGAAGAACGACACUCUUGAGGGGCUAGUGGCGAAAGAAGCAAUUCAAGUGCCGGACAUCGAAGAGGAUGAAGGACAUAUUGUACUGACUACUCCAACGCAAUAGACACCUGUGGAGGAAGGACGAGAAAGUACACUUCGAACUCCUGUGCAGCAGUUCAGCCCAUCUGUCAAAGUGAUAAACAUCGAAGAAUCCC